ACAUCUGGUGGACAUAUUAUCGUAUUUGACUGCUCAAAGCCCAAUACGGUGACAUUCAAAAAAGUUAUCGCUGAACAUACUGGUGCUGUGGUAGACAUUGCAGAGUGUGAACGAGAAAAACUGUGUUGCUCAUGCGAUGUAUCCGGAAAUAUUGUUGUUUGGGGGAAAAACUUAUGCUCAAUUGAGAAGAAAAUCACAACAAAAUUAAACUAUAGCUGUUUGAGCAUUUAUGGCAGAAAAGUUGUGGUGGGCACAUAUACUGGAAAAAUUUUAAUUUUCUGUGCUGAUCUAGGCAACUUGCUUAUUGACAUAAAUGCCCAUAUUCGACAAGUAAAUGCAGUUGUUGUAUCUAACGACUGCUCGAAGAUGCUAUCGGUCAGUGAGGAUUCAUUUCUUCGAGUAUGGCAUCUCAAUGAAAGUGCGGAAAAGUGCACGGUGGAAUGUCUACACAACGAAAGAAUGGAAAAUAAAUCGCUUGUCGGAGUACAAUUUUUGGACGAAGCAGGUACAGCACUUGCCGUUGCAGCUUAUGAUCAUUCAAAAUUAUCUUUUUACGAAUUCAGUGAUGCCAGGAAAGCUAGUGUUGGACUGUGA